AUUCCCACUGAGGUUUAGCCAGAAGAUAUUAAGUGAGGGCAUUAGAAGACAAGCUGUUGAUUACUCUGUGUUUUUGGGGUGCUUUAUUUAACAAUGGAUUUCACAUACUGCAUAAGGAUUCACUUAGCUUUGUUUCCUGCUUAUGUAAUCUGUUUGGGGAGUUAUGAAGGGAGCAUGCCAACCACUGAUUUGCAAAGAGUUUCAGCACGCACUUUCCCCGUGAUUGGCCCUGAGGGGAAACAAAUGGGAAACCGGAACGAUCCUGCUUCCAGUUCUGCUGGCCUGCCCCACCGUCAAGGAAGUUAUGACAACAGCUUGUUUGUGGGAUCAAAUUCAGAAGAUUGUCAGACUUGUGCUAGAAGUGAUAAUCAAGACAAUCAUAUGAUAGGCUAUAAGCCCUCUGCUUCUGAUCUUAAAUAUUACUUGUCAGGUUUUGGUCCACCCUCUGUUAAACACGAGUCUCGCACAGCUGCUGAUGCCUUCAAAAAUGUGCAGCCUGGUAGCCGCUUAGCUUCUACCUCAUCUAGGAGUGGGUUCACCUCGGUGAGAAACCUAAAUGUACCUGAACCAAACCCCUUAAAACCAUCUAGAGGUGUAUCUAGUUACAGGGUGGCUGAAACUCCAGGAUCUAACAAGAUGUUAGCAGUAAAGCCUCCUAAAAAAACACAUGGCCAUGUGGAGUUGAACUCUGAGGUUCCUAGAAACCUAUUUUCAAGAGGCCCAAACACUGGAUCAAACUCCUUCUCAAGUCCGGUUUCCCAACAGUAUAGUUCAUCUGUGGGGAGCCAGAGUACUCACAAACUCCAGACAGCUGGUAGCAGUUAUGGACCAUUGCUGAAGGGGUUUAAGUACACUGAGGCCAAGCCUUCGGUUGUUAGCUCAGGGCCAAUCUUUUUAGUUCAAGGUGGAGGAUAUGCUCAAGGUCUUGGUAGCUAUAGUGGGCAACCAGAUUCAGUGAAACCACCUGGAGUUCCCAGGCACGUUGACCCCUAUCGGGCUAGUCAGACCUCUAGCGAUACUGGAUUGACUCCCAGCAGUCAGGGCAAAUCCUGGAAUAAGCCUCUUCACUAUUCCAUGAGUGGAACUCAAUACAAUCUCAGUCCUGAGCCGAGAGAACCUUCCAAAAAUGAUUGUAGGGACAAUGACGCUAGUGCUUCAACGGCCAGCACUGGUGGGGUUCUUCUCGAGGCUUCAGAAAGUGCUCAGAGAUAUAAGUUACCACCUCAAUAUGAAUCCACUCACCCCAAAUUCCAGCAGAACUACAACAUCCGUGGUCAACCUAAUCAAAUCAUUGAGCCCAUGUACCCCUCUCGAAGUGGGGCUCAACAUGAUGUGACUAAGUCCUUGUUUGCCAGUUCUGGUGCUAUCCUGAUGCAGGCGCCUGAAAAAGUUGAAGAUGGAGCAGAAUCCAGUAGACUCAAAGUUCAUACUAGCUCUCCAGAGCGUAAAGUACCAUUUGCCCCUGGUCAGACUGCUCCAUACAAACCUUUUCAAGUGAACCAGGAUUAUAGAAAACAGCCAGCCACUAGCACUUAUGCCAGCUCUUCCCAAACCGGGUCUCAGGCCUUCUCUUCUGUGAAGAGAACCCCAUACAUACCAAGUACAGUGCUGUCAAGGACCUCAAGUAAAUCAGGAUUCCGUGCCACUAAACCCACUAUUGCUAGAUCUGAGAUCAAUACAGUCCACGUGAGGCUUAAUAAACCACUCGCAAGCAGCUUUGGCAGUUUUCAGAACCAAUGGGCUUUUGGUGACAUUAGCCGUGGUGGUUUCCAAAGUUCCUUACCUCCAAGUUACCGUGGCCAGAGACCAGCUCAAAAUGUACAAAAGCAUGUUAGUUCUUCAGCCCCUUGUCCCGAAGGAGUCCAAAGCCAAUUCGGUGUAAAUCCAGAUGGCACCAGGCUCAUUACUGCCAUUCCAAGUGCGUUUGGCCAAGGUACCAUCCGAAGGAGUUCUCCUACACUUUCCAGCAGCUACAGACAAGGGGAGCAAAACCAGUAUCAAGUUAACCGUUUGGGUUCCUCUGCCUCUAAGUGUGAGGUGGCCCAGAAGAGCCCUGCAGGCUUUGGUCAACGGAGCCCAGUCAGAUUCCAGGAAGCGAACCUCUCCAUCUAGAAGCAGAGCUAAACGUCUGCUAUAAACCUUGAUAAGGGGUGUGUUUGGGAGGCUGUAAGUCAUCAGGCUCUGGUCUCUGCAAGGACUAUAGGAUGCUCCGACUGAUCUGCUGCGCUGCUGUUCAGUCCUGGCCAUUUAUGACUCUACUCUUGAAGCACCACCCUUUCAAAGGCUGUACAUUUACUGUUAAUAAAAAUGUCAAACCCACAAAGAGUUUACUUUCCAAAUUGUAACUUUUUAUAUUGUAAAUAAAGCUGAAUUUUCCUAGA